CCAGGCCCGGCGUGUGGGCGGAGGGCGGCGAUGGCGGGGCCGGCGGGCGGCACCGAGCUGGUGGCCGAGCUGCGGGGCCGCGACGGGCGGACGCGGACCGUGCGGGUGCCCUGCCCGGCGGCCGAGGGGGGCGAGGCCGCGCAGCUGCGCGGGCUGCGGGGGGCCCUGUCCGAGCUGCAGGAGCGGGUGGUGGAGCUGCUGGCGCCGCUGGUGCAGGAGGAGCGGGAGGCGGCGGGCGGCGCCCAGCGCGGUGCUGUCGGGGAUGACGAGGAGGAGGAGGACGAGGGCGAAGAAGAUGAAGGCGAGGACGAAAACAACGUGGACACGGCGGCGAGCGGCGAUGACCCGCCCGCGAAGCGGACGAAGGUGCAGCAGCCGUGAGGGCGGCGCUGGGGCCGGGUGUGCGCUCAGACAGCCCCGCUCUGCCGAACAGACUGUCGGUGCUCCGGGCCCGCUACCCGGGACGGCUCCUGCGGCGCUGCUGCCCCUCUUUUAAAACCGAAAUGCCCAUCCCGACACUCUUUUGAUACGGAAGCCUUAUGGAAAGGAUGCGCCUGGGCGUGAGCAGCAUGUUAUUUAUGGGGUGUCAGUGUUACACUGACAAUAGUUUUUAGCAAACUAGUUGACAAAUACAAAACUUUUCUUACGAGUCUGGUUGCUACAUUUUUUUAUCGACUUCUUCCAAGUCACACUAUUUCUUCAUGUGACUUAAACUUUUAAAACAAAACAAUAAAGUCUGGGAAGAUAUUUUGUCAGAUAUGACCUUAAAAUAGAACAAGAGAAUUUGCAUGGAGAGAAAACAAUAUAUGACCACUGUACUAUCAAAAUUAAAAAGCAUGUAUAGGACUGUGUAUUCCUGUACAGUGGAGGAUUAUUUUUGCCUGUCUGAAAGGCUUAGUGACCCAUCAAUCAAGUAUUUUCCUGGAAGAGGUCAAAGAUUGAAAGACUUGGGAAUCUUGAUUUCAAAAACUCAGGUUUUGUAUCAGCCAGGAAAGUGACCAGUAGUGUGACUUUGAUAAUUCAUAUUACAGAAAUCAAAACCCACUGUUGGUCCCAAGCCCGUUUUCUCCAAAUAGGUUCCCCCCCUUUUUUUUUCAUGCAGUAUCCAAUCUUUAUAUACUUACUUCCAUCACUGAGUUUUACCCAGGUUGAUUUUUAAACUCAUUUGGUAGCUAAGUCAAAGGAACAUCACAGCUUAACAUUCUCCUUAUGCAGAACUCCCAACAUUACCUAAAACCAAGAAAAACAAAAAGCAGAGUGCUUUUUCUGAAAUGCUUUUUAAAACCAAAAUUGGACAUAAACUAAGGGAAAUGUAGUGGACUUCUAUACUGGAUGCUGUAAUUUAUUUUAGAGGGGGGGAAAGUAUAAACACUUGAGCAACACCUGUAAAUACAUUAUGUGUAACAGUUCUUGGCUGUAUGAAUCAGUAUAACCCAAUCCCUCUGCUAGGGCUGCAUGAUCUUUUUUUAAUGAUAAUGCAGCAAGCAGAAUGUCUUUUUGCAAGGGGCAAGUUGUCAGUGCUUCCCACAUGCUACUUCAGUUCCUAGUUUUUGCUUGGUGCAUGCUUCUGUGAACUGGUAUGAAACACUCCUGAUAGCCAGUCCAUUGAGACUGAGAGUCUUCUCCAGCAGCAGUUAACUGCCUGACUUAAUAGUGGGAAAAACAUUUUGGGGGUUUAUUUUCAUAUAUUUUGCUGGUAUAAUUUUUUUACGUAUUAUGAAGAGUGAAAAUAUCUUGGGACUUGUAUACAGGGGACAAAAUAUGGGAAUAAAUGAAUUUUUAUGAAGACAAAA